GAAACGCACCCCAAGGGCAGGUGUUUGGAGUAAACGUGGUAAAGUGAAUUGGAAGGGGAUGAGCGAGCAGAAAUCAGAGAAGCUGUAGUUCAGGGUAAGGGAAAAAUGGCAAAGCACGGAUGGAUGUAAGUAGUUAGGGAGGAUGAGGAUGCUGGGAAGGCUUUUGGGGGUAAAGUGGGUGGAUCGAGGAAAGCUUUCCGUGCCCCCUCGUGGCCAAUACUAGGGAAAUCCAUUCAGCAAUAUUUAUUCGUAGAAAAAUGAUAGUUAUGACUCCCGCAAGGAUUUACAGCCUAGACAAUCUUAUGAGACAGUUGUAGAACUUACCAGGUCACUUAGUGACUUACCAGGUCACUAUGAGUUGGAUCAACUCCACAGCAGACAACAACAGUAGAGUCAUUAAAAGGCUAGGCGAAGGGCUUUGAGACGUUUUUGAGCAGAGAAGUGAUAUAUGAUUGAUACGGUAAUAGCUUUACAAAGAGACAUCUGGAAGCUUUGUGAAAGAAGGACUGUAGGGAAGAGACACCAGGUCUAGUUAGGAGAUUCCACAGCAAUACAAGUGAAAGAUUAUGAUGUGCUGAUUAAGAUAAGGGUAAUGGGGCUGAUUUGCAAUUUAUCACAGGGGUGGUGCAGGACUGGGCAGCAUUUUCUUGCUUUGUGCAUGGGGUUGCCAUGAGUUGGGGACUGACUUUACAGCCACUAACAAUAACAACAGUGGAAGUAGAAGGGAAGGAGUGGAUUCAGGAGUUGGGGAAAACAGAAUGCACAGGGAUUACCAAAUAUGCUGUUAAUUAGUAAAAAAGGAAGAGGAAGGUGGUGUAUGUACUUCUAGCUUAUUAUUUUUGUAUAAUGAAAAUAUAUGUUCUGCCUGCUUUUGUUUUUAUUUUCAUUAAAGAAUGGACUGUUUUUAGCUUUAUGUAAAUUUAAGUACUCAAUAAACAUGGUUUGUUUGAUUAAAAAAAUGAUAGUUAUGAGAGAAAAAUGAGUGGGAAGGGAACUAGUGGUAUAGCUAGUGAUAGUAUAGGCAAUACUGACGGCAUAAUAACUUCAUAAUACUGUUAGUUUCCGGAGCAGGUGUACAUGGUAACUGGACUGAGCGUUAGAUUUUGCAUUCAGGUGGGAAACAUGACUUUUUACCUUUUUGAGUGAAGUGGUGGUUAUGAUAGUAAGUUCAUCUAGUUUAGAUUUAGGCAUCAUUGAACCAGGAGCGGAAGGAGGAAGUUUCAAGAAUUCAGGAGAAAGUUUUUUUUAAAGUUGAGUGCAAGAAUAGUUUACAGCUCUGUGACUUGCUGUGCUGUCUCUGUGUUCACUCUUGUUUCAUGUUUGUCUCUCUUGGUUUCAGAAUGCUGAAGCUGAUCUAAAUUUAAGAUAUUCUAAGAGCAGCUUCACAGUCAAAGCUCUCCGUCCUUGGUAGUAAGGAAGAAUAUAAUUUCAUUUGUUUCCUUGAUUUUAUCUGGGGUUGCAGUGUGUUAUUUAAAACAUUUCUUGAUAUUUUUUUCUUUGUCUGACUAAUUGCAAAUUUAUGCGGUUAGCUAGCUAGCUUGUAUGUUUCCAUGAGCACUUUCAUGCGUAAGUUAAAGCAUGAAAAAAAAAAUGCAGUACUAAAAUAUUUGUUAUACAUCCUGCAAAACGAAAAACAGCUUUAAGAAGCUAUAGUUACACCUAGUUAGAUAUGGAUGUGGAACCAAUUAAAAAAAACUGUGUAAGAUCUAUUUAUGUGUUAUAAAAUGAAAACUGACUUUUGGUUGUAGAAUUAUAGGCAUUUAAGAGACAAUUAAGUACAUCUUGUGUGGAACAAUUAAUGGAUUGCAGUUUUAUUAAAAUAUAGUUUCAUUCAGCAGAUUUUUAAAUUCAUUAAGUGUUUGGCUGUCUGCUGUGUUAGAUGCUGGAAUAUAAUUGUCAACAAUGAAUAAUUCAAUUCUUGUUUGUUACAAUAAUGCAAGUAAUGAUAGUAUUUAUAGCAAGUGUGUCUAUGUCUAUGUGCAGGCAUUAUUCCAAGUGCUUUACAUUUAUUAGGCACUCUAUAUAUUAUCAUGUAUUUACUGUAUUAAAAUUAGACUAAGUAGUCUAUAUCCCCCCCCCCAAAAAAACCAAACCUGUUGCUGUUGCGUGGAUUUUGACUCAUAGUGACCCCUGUAGGACAGAGCAGAACUGCCUCAUAGGGUUUCUAAGGAGCACCUGGUGGAUUCAAACUGCUGACCUUUUGGUUAGCACCCGAGCUUUUAACCACUAUGCCACCAGAGUUUCCAAAUAGUCUAUAGAGUAUCACUUAAAUUAUUUGUGUUUUAAAUACUGUAUAUUUUACUUGUAUCUAGGUGUUGCUUUUCAUUCACUUGCAUCAUCUCCAUUGUCCCAGUGUUUCUCUAAGUAAAUACUCUUUGGGAAUUUGAUCUUCCAAAAAAUGUCUUAUUUGUUACGAUAGAGGAUAAAGAUAUUCAUAUUUGUGUUUCCUGAAAGAAGUGUUAGAGCAAAGAGAGAAGUGACAACCUUGAGCAGAACAAUAAUACCAUUUCACUUGGAAAUUGCUGUGUAUAGUCUGAUGACAUUUGCAAGCCUAUUUGUGGUCCUGUUAUUUCAUAUGAAGAUCACUGGACUAGAAACUGAAAAUAACAGGUUAUUUGUGUGGAUAUGUUGUCAUUGUCAUUUAGUUGGACAUUUUCUUUGCAAAGGAGUCCCUGGGUGGUAUAAAUGGUUAAGUGCUCAGCUGCUGACCCAAAGGUUGGUGGUUUGAGCUUACCCAGAGGCACCUCUUUAGAAAGGCCUGGCAAUCUACUUCUGAGAAAUCAGCCACUGAAACCCUAAGGAGCACGGUUCUGCUGUGACACGUGUAGGUCACCAUGAGUUGGAAUCAACUGGAGGGCAGCUAGUGUGGUUUGGUUUUUUCCUUUGCAAUGCCGAAAUCAUACGUGAUUGAAAAGGAAGUUUGAAUUCCAUACCAGUGCAUUCCUAUCAGACCUAAUAAUCUAGUUUGUCCAGUUGCUUUGGCCUUUGCUGCGUUUUUGCUUAGAGAUGCCUGGCUUUGUCUUUCAGUGUUGAAGUUACUAGAUCAGUAUAAGGGAAGUGAGGUGAAAUUUUUCAUCCAGUCAGUUUCUUGAUGACAGGCAAAAAACUAGUUUUAGGGACGAGGUUGAAGAGAUUGGCUAAAACAAAUACUGUACUUUUUGCCCUCAACUUUUAAUACCGCUAAAAUUGACAUGUCUAGAAAUCAGCGUGUGUGUUUCAUAUGAUAGUGUUUUUUCCUCCUUGAAAUACUGCUAUUAAAAUAGUAUCUUAACUGACAGGGAACACAGCAGAGAACCCCUGAGGGAGCAGGAGAGCAGUGGGAUGCAGACCCCAAAUUCUCAUAAAAAGACCAGACUUAAUGGUCUGACUGAGACCAGAAGGACCCCGGUGGUCAUGGCCCCCAGACCUUCCGUUGGCCCAGGACAGGAACCAUUCCCAAAGCCAACUCUUCAGACAUGGAUUGGACUGGACAAUGGGUUGGAGAGGGAUGCUGGUGAGGAGUGAGCUUCUUGGAUCAGGGCCAACUAUAGCACUGCACCAAAGGAAAAAACCAAAGUCUUCAGAAAAUAAGGAAUCUGCCAAAGAAGAGAACAUCAAAGACACUCCAAUUCCUGAAAGAGCUCCAAAACAUGUAUUGUUUCAGCGCUUUGCAAAGUUUUUCAUUGGCUGUCUUGCAGCAGUUACUAGUGGUAUGAUGUACGCGCUCUAUUUAUCAGCAUACCAUGAACGAAAAUUCUGGUUUUCCAACAGGCAGGAGCUUGAACGGGAAAUCACCUUUCAGGGUGACAGUGCCAUUUAUUACUCCUAUUAUAAAGAUAUGUUAAAGGCGCCUUCAUUUGAAAGAGGUGUUUAUGAGCUGACACACAAUAACAGAACUGUAUCUCUGAAGACCAUAAACGCAGUGCAGCAAAUGUCUCUAUAUCCAGAACUUAUUGCUAGCGUUUUAUAUCAAGCAACUGGUGGCAACGAGAUUAUUGAACCGGUGUAUUUCUACAUUGGCAUUGUUUUUGGAUUGCAAGGAAUAUAUGUGACUGCUUUAUUUGUUACGAGUUGGCUUAUGAGUGGAACAUGGCUCGCAGGAAUGCUUACUGUUGCAUGGUUCAUUAUUAAUAGGGUAGAUACAACAAGAAUUGAAUACUCCAUUCCUUUAAGAGAAAACUGGGCAUUACCAUAUUUUGCAUGUCAAGUUGCUGCACUUACAGGCUAUUUAAAAAGCAAUUUAAAUACUUAUGCAGAGAGGUUUUGCUACUUAUUGAUGAGCGCUUCAACUUACACUUUUAUGAUGAUGUGGGAAUACAGCCACUAUCUCCUGUUUCUCCAAGCCAUAUCUCUAUUCCUGCUAGAUAGCUUUUCACUGGAGCAAAGUGACAAGGUUCAUGAAGUUUAUAAAAUUUAUAUAUUUUCUCUGUUUCUGGGGUAUUUGCUGCAGUUUGAGAAUCCAGCUUUAUUGGUAUCUCCUCUGUUGAGUUUAGUAGCAGCCUUAAUGCUUGCUAAGUGCCUUCAGCUGAAUGUAAAGAAAGGAACUUUCGUAGCUAAGAUGAUUAAAGUGAUGAAUUUUUACUUGGUGUGUACUCUGACAGUGACAUUCAAUAUUGUAGUGAAGAUGUUUGUCCCACACAAAGAAAAUGGGCACAUGCUGAAAUUCCUUGAAGUAAAAUUUGGACUAAAUAUGACUAAGAAUUUUACAAUGAAUUGGCUCCUUUGUCAAGAAUCCCUGCAGGCACCAUCUCAAGAUUUUUUUUUGCGAUUGACACAGUCUUCUUUAUUACCUUUCUAUGUUUUGGUGUUAAUCAUUUGUUUCCUCUCCAUGAUGCAAGUUAUUUUUAGAAGAAUUAAUGGCAAGUCAGUGAAAGAAACUGUUACUCUCAAAGAUGGACAAAUUGGAGGAAGGCCAGAAAUAAUUUAUCAUGUAAUUUAUACUAUUUUAUUGGGUUCUCUUGCAAUGGUUAUAGAAGGCUUAAAAUACCUCUGGACUCCUUAUGUGUGCAUGUUAGCAGCAUUUGGUGUAUGUUCUCCUGAACUUUGGAUGACCCUUUUCAAGUGGCUUCGAUUAAGAACUGUACAUCCAAUAUUGUUGGCUCUUAUUCUGAGCAUGGCUGUGCCUACUAUAAUAGGUUUUAGCUUAUGGAAGGAGUUUUUUCCAAGAUUGAUGACGGAAUUAUCGGAACUGCAGGAAUUCUAUGACCCAGAUACAGUGGAACUUAUGACCUGGAUAAAAAGGCAAGCACCAAUUGCAGCUGUGUUUGCGGGGAGUCCACAGUUAAUGGGUGCGAUUAAAUUAUGCACUGGAUGGAUGGUGACAAGCUUGCCUCUUUACAAUGAUGAUGAUCUUCUCAAAAGAAAUGAAAACAUCUAUCAAAUCUAUUCAAAGCGAUCUGCCGAGGAUAUUUAUAAAAUACUGACAUCCUACAAAGCUAAUUACCUAAUUGUAGAGGAUGCUAUCUGCAAUGAGGUGGGAACCAUGAGAGGUUGUAGAGUUAAAGAUUUAUUAGACAUCGCAAAUGGGCAUGUGGUUUGCGAAGAAGGUGACAAGUUGGCCUACUCAAAAUAUGGGAGAUUUUGUCAUGAAGUCAAAAUUAACUAUUCUCCGUAUGUGAAUUAUUUCACUAGAGUAUACUGGAACAGAUCCUACUUUGUGUAUAAAAUCAACACUGUGAUAUCCUUCCAGUCUUGAAAAUUAGCAAAGCCUUUGUUUCAAAGACUUUUACUACUUGAAGUAAAAUGUGAUUUUCUUCUACCUACAUGGUGUCUACUGCAGGUCAGGGUAUAGACAUUUGAAAGGUUGCUGCUUCUUUUCCCCUCUUGCUGUUAACUGGAUCAAGAGUUCUGUGGGAAAUAGAAGAUCAAGUAUUACCGUGCUUUGGUAAAGUGUCAAAUCUACCAACACGCAAUAUUCCAGCCAGCUGUCUUUAUUACUGUUAUAUGAUGUUUAAAGGUUUUACCUUCUAAAAUAUUUUAAGAUUUUCCCCAUAAAUCUUCCUUCUAUCAUAACAUAGAUUUUGAAUUUGAAUAUGUUUAAGGUCAGAGUACAGAUCUCAAACAUAACAUUUAAUAAAUGCUUAAUAUGAUAUGUGAUAGAAGGAAAGAAUUAUUCUUACCCUCAAGCCAGUUUCUGAAGUUGUUUCAUGGUUUAUAGUAGAAAUGAAAUAUUACCACAAAAAACUAAUUUAAAUGUUAACUGAAAAUAUAUAGCAUUUAAAUUAAAGUGGAAGUUAUAUAAAGGAAAGUGAUUUUUUUUAAGGAUAUACAUAAAGAUAUAUCCAGUAUUCAGAAGACUCAGAAUUUUUCAUUAUACUGCUCUUAUCAUCUGCUGCUUAUAUAAAGGAGCACUUUCUCAGUAAUACAUAAUGCAUGAUAUCGUAUGUUAUUAUUUUGUGACUGUCUAUUAAGUUGUUAGCUUUUUUAACUUAGGUCCAUAAAUUUGAUACUAAUUUAAUCAUGAUAAAACAGCAACUCUUGUUACCUCUAUAUCUUUAAAAAUAGAUAUUUAAAAGAAUGUUGUUCAGGUUUUUAAAAAACAUGGAUAUGGAGUAUAUGAUCCAUUUACAUGUUUCCCACUGAACUAUUAAGUUAAAAAAUUAAAUAUUUAUCAAAAUAAAAAUAUGUACACUAAAGUGAUCAGUAAUAGCUAGAGAUAUGUGCAGGUACUGGUAAGCAUAUCUCCGUAUACAGAUAUUAUAAAACUCAAGUGCUGUUACUUAUGAAACUGAUGCAGUCUUCAACAUUAGAACAAAAUGACAAUUAUAAUAAAAUUUACGACAGUUUCACAGUCUAAAUACUAUAUUCCUUUAAGAAUUUUCACAUUUUAAAUCACCUAUUUAAAAAAUUGUAAAAUAGUUAAUUUCACAUUAUAAACAGAUUCAGGAUAGAUAUAGUUUGUAGAUGUAUCAUUUUAACAAGAUGGGAUGUAUGUUUAGAUUUACCUUAUGUAUCUGUUCAGUAACAGGUGUUCAAAAUGUUCAAUUGUUAGUGUGCUGCAAAAAUUGCAUUUUCAGUACUCUAAAUUACUACAUUAGAAGGGAACAUCUUUCUGUUAUCUUUAUUUUCUGUUAUAUAUAUGUAUAUAUAAAAGUACAAAAAGCACAUGAAUUCUUAGGCUGUAGGAUGUUUGCUGUUUUGGAGCUUAAGAAUUGUUUGAUGGCAGUGUCAUAUAUCUGUAACAUUAGUUCCAUUGAUUCUUAUUUCAUACUUUUAUACAAUAUCUUAAAUGUAUUAAGAUAGCUGCAGGCAGUGUCCUUCAGGUUGGCUCUGUACAUCUUAGUAGUGAGUCACUAGUAUUUAGCUUUAGGCUUAUGACAACAUUACCAUAGAUACCUGACCAAGUACACAAUGAAUAGUCACAUAGUAGUACUUGUCACUAGGACAUGUAAAACAGUGUAAUUAAAAGCUUGCAUACUUUGGAGGGGAAAUAAAACACUACUUUCUUUGUAACGUGAAUUAUUUAAUUGAAUUUUUAUUGAUUUAUGCUAUCACAUGUGCUAAAUUAGUUUUGGAUUUUUUCUUUUUUUAAAUAUAUAUUGGUAAGUUGCUUUUGCUUCUGUCGACUUAUUUCUUAAUACAGAUUUGGAGAAAAUUUUAAGUCAAGUUUUUAAAUAAUGAAUUUUUCAUUCAGCAUCAGUUGAAAAGGAGAAUAUAAGGUGUAUUAUGGAACUGAUGAUAUUGGGUAUUAGAGAUAAGCAUGCUUGCUUCUAUUUUAAGUGUAGUUAAAACAAUAACACUAGAAAACUUUAAGUGAGGAGCAUUUAAUUAAUUUCCUUAACUUAUUUGUAGAGUAACAAAUGAUUAAGAAUCCUGCAGGUAAUUACACUUGGGAAAAUUACAGUUGUUAGGUUUGACAUUAUAGCUCUACUGUGAAAGGAGAAAAGUUUAUAGUUUUUGAGUAGAAGGAAUUUCUCAAAGAAAUACAAAAUAUACUUUGCCCUUGAUGUUGCAAACCCAUUGAAAUAAGUGCCUUAACUUCUUUAUUUCCAAGUUUACUUCUUAUUUUUCAAAAGAUAUUACCCAUUUCUUUCUUUUCCAUAUGAAAAUUUUGGUAACUUUUUCCUCAUCAAUAAGUAUAAAGAAAGAGUCUUCACUAUGCUUUUUUCACUAUUAAGUUUAAUUCAUUAAUGAGCAAAUCUUUGUUAAGAGUACAGAAGGCAUUUCUAGCCUGCUAAAUUAAUUUAUUUAGCUUCCUAAAUGCCAGAACAAAGGAUUCAACAAAUAAAACUUACUUGACAAAGGAAUAUGACAUUGACUGUCUGCUGGUUUAUAUUUUUUCCAACGUUGGCAUCUGUAUCUUGGUGAUUUUUGUUAGACUGGUAGAGUUUUACAAUCUAAGGAGUAUGCACUGUACUUUAGCAUGAACUUUUUUUUGUCAUUACUUUUUUUUUGGCCUUUA